UGCACCUAGGGCCGUAGGUGCGGCGCCCAGGCUGCGCGGGAGCUGGCGCCAGCUGGGGCCGCGCGGAGGAGCCAGCCUGCCGGGGGGAGCAGCAGCCGGCGCCGGCGCCCGCGCCCGGAGUCCCGUCCGCUCGGCGUCCUGCAGCCCGAAGCUGCGAGGGAGCGUCAUGUAGCAGCGACCGCCGCAGCCCACCUCAUCUUUCCAACUGUGUUUUUUUUUUUUUUUUUUGGUGGGGUGGGGGGCGCAGCAAAAUUGUAUUUCCGCCCUCCCCUUUGCCCACUCGCAUUUGCAAGCUGCAUCAGCCUCUCAGAAACCUUCGGGGCGGGGGCCGAAAAUCAGAGUUGGACUGUGACACCCCCUGCGCCUAGAGGGCAACCAUGGCCGAGGAGAGCGCCGACGUUCCCCGGGAGUUGAUAGAAAGCAUAAAGGAUGUUGUUGGCAGAAAGAUAAAAAUCGCAGUGAAGAAGAAAGUAAAGGUGGAGGUUAAGGGAGACAAAGUGGAAAACAAGGUGCUGGUGCUCACGUCCUGCAGAGCCUUCCUCCUGACCGCGCGCAUCCCCACCAAGCUGGAGCUCACCUUCAGCUACCUGGACAUCCAUGGCGUCUUCUGCAACAGGCCAGCCCAGAUGGUCGUGGAAACCGAGAAGUGCAACGUCUCCAUGAAGAUGGCGUCUCCCGAGGACGUGGAUGACGUGCUGGCGCACAUUGGCUCCUGCUUGCGGAAGAUAUUCCCCGGCCUGUCUCCUGUGAGAAUCAUGAAGAAGGUCUCCAUGGAGCCAUCUGAACGCCUGGCCAGUCUCCAGGCCCUGUGGGACAGCCAGACUGUGGCAGAGCAGGGCCCCUGUGGUGGUUUUUCUCAGAUGUACGCCUGCGUGUGUGACUGGCUGGGAUUUUCCUACAGGGAAGAAGUACAGUGGGAUGUGGAUACGAUUUACCUGACACAAGACACCAGGGAGUUGAGUUUACAAGACUUCAGUCAUCUGGACCACAGGGACCUCAUCCCCAUCGUUGCUGCCCUGGAGUACAAUCAGUGGUUCACCAAGCUGUCUUCGAAGGAUCUAAGACUGUCUGCUGACGUCUGCGAACAGAUCUUAAGGGUGGUGAGUCGGUCCAGUCGGCUGGAAGAACUGGUGUUGGAAAACGCUGGACUUCGAACAGAUUUUGCACAAAAACUGGCCAGUGCUCUAGCACAUAACCCCAACUCAGGGCUCCACACGAUCAACCUUGCUGGCAACCCCCUGGAGGACAGAGGUGUGUCCUCUUUAAGUAUUCAAUUUGCCAAACUCCCAAAGGGAUUAAAGCAUUUAAAUUUAUCUAAAACCUCACUAUCACCUAAAGGGGUGAACAGCCUUUCUCAGUCCCUCAGUGCCAACCCACUGACCGCCUCCACCCUCACCCACCUGGACCUCUCAGGGAACGCGCUCCGCGGAGAUGACCUCUCGCACAUGUACAAUUUCUUGGCUCAGCCAAAUGCCAUUGCUCACCUGGAUUUAUCCAACACAGAGUGCUCCGUGGACAUGGUCUGUGGUGCUCUCCUCCGUGGAUGCCUUCAGUAUUUAGCUGUGCUCAAUCUCUCCAGAACCGUCUUCUCUCACCGGAAAGGAAAAGAAGUGCCCCCGUCCUUCAAGCAGUUCUUCAGCAGCUCCCUGGCUCUGAUGCACAUCAACCUCUCUGGCACAAAACUGUCUCCUGAGCCCUUAAAAGCGCUGUUACUGGGCCUGGCUUGUAAUCAUAGCUUGAAAGGGGUUUCUCUUGAUCUCAGCAACUGUGAGCUGAGGUCGGGGGGUGCGCAAGUCCUGGAGGGCUGCAUUGCUGAGAUCCACAACAUCACCAGCCUGGACAUCUCCGACAACGGUUUAGAAUCUGACCUCUCCACCUUAAUAGUGUGGCUCAGUAAAAACAGAUCAAUACAACACCUGGCGCUAGGCAAAAAUUUUAAUAAUAUGAAAUCCAAAAAUCUGACACCUGUGUUGGACAACUUAGUACAGAUGAUCCAAGAUGAAGAAUCACCUCUGCAGUCCUUGUCCCUGGCUGACUCCAAGCUCAAGGCAGAGGUCACCAUCAUCAUCAAUGCCCUGGGAAGCAACACCUCCCUGACCAAAGUGGACAUCAGCGGGAACGGAAUGGGGGACAUGGGAGCCAAGAUGCUGGCCAAAGCCCUGCAGAUCAACACCAAGCUCAGGACUGUGAUCUGGGAUAAGAACAACAUCACUGCCCAAGGCUUUCAGGACAUAGCUGUUGCUAUGGAAAAGAACUACACGCUGAGAUUCAUGCCAAUUCCCAUGUAUGAUGCCUCUCAAGCCCUUAAAACCAGCCCUGAGAAGACAGAAGAGGCUCUGCAAAAGAUAGAAAACUAUCUGCUGCGGAACCACGAGACCAGAAAGUACCUUCAAGAGCAGGCCUACCGCCUCCAGCAGGGCAUCGUCACCAGCACCACCCAGCAGAUGAUCGACAGAAUCUGUGUGAAAGUGCAAGACCACCUCAACUCCCUCCGGAACUGCGGGGGGGAUGACAUCCAGGAGGACCUGAAGGCGGCAGAGCGGCUCAUGCGUGAUGCCAAGAACUCGAAGACGUUGUUACCAAAUUUAUACCACGUUGGUGGUACCUCCUGGGCAGGAGCCGCUGGCCUGAUGUCCAGCCCCAUUCAUGAGACCCUGGAGUCGAUGGCUGGGGAAGUCACAAGAGUUGUGGACGAACAGCUCAAGGCCCUGCUAGAGUCCAUGGUCGAUGCUGCUGAGAACCUCUGCCCCAACGUGAUGAAGAGAGCCCACAUCCGGCAAGACCUGAUUCACGCCAGCACUGAGAAGAUCUCCAUCCCUCGCACCUUUGUUAAAAAUGUGCUGCUGGAGCAGUCUGGGAUCGACAUCCUGAACAAAAUCAGUGAGGUGAAGCUGACAGUGGCCUCCUUCCUGUCGGACCGAAUCGUGGACGAGAUCCUGGACGCACUGUCUCACUGCCAUCACAAGCUGGCCGACCAUUUCAGCAGAUGCGUGCAGACCCUCCCUCAGCAGGAGCCUGUUGAGGCCGAGUUGGCCGAGAAGCCGCCCAAGCGCUCCCUGGUCCCAGUGGAGGACCUGACGGAGGCCGAGCGCUUGGAAGACCUGGACGCCUGCAUGAUGACGCCUAAAUCCAAGAGGAAGAGCAUCCACAGCCGAAUGCUGCGGCCUGUGUCCAGGGCCUUUGAAAUGGAGUUUGACCUUGAUAAAGCCCUGGAAGAGGUGCCGAUUCACAUCGAAGACCCGCCAUUCCCGUCUGCCAGGCAGGAGAAGCGGAGCUCAGGGUUUAUCUCCGAGCUGCCAUCUGAGGAGGGCAAGAAGCUGGAGCACUUCACCAAGCUGCGGCCCCGGAGGAACAAGAAGCAGCCGCCCACGCAGGCCGCGGUCUGUGCUGCCAACAUAGUCUCCCAAGAUGGAGAACAGAACGGUCUUAUGGGGAGAGUGGAUGAAGGUGUAGAUGAAUUUUUCACCAAGAAAGUGACCAAAAUGGAUUCCAAGAGAUCAUCCGCCAGAGGCUCCGAGUCCCACGAGUUCGGGGAAGGAGGGGAUGAGAAGAAGAAGCGAGAUUCCCGGAGAAGCGGCUUUCUCAAUCUGAUCAAAUCCCGGUCCAAGUCCGAGCGGCCACCCACAAUUCUGAUGACAGAAGAGCCAUCCUCACCGAAAGGGGCAGUCAGAAGCCCAGCCCUGGACACGCCCAGGAAGGAGACCAAGGCGGCCGAGCCCAGUGGCAAUGCCGAGCGCCCGGAGGAAGUCAAGACGCCCGACUCCCUCGAGGAGAGUCCCGGGGAGGAGGGGCGGCCGGAGGGGCGGCCGGAGCGCAGCGACAGCAGGAGCAGCCCCCAGGGAGGGCGGCGGUACGGCGUGCAGGUGAUGGGCAGCGGCCUGCUGGCCGAGAUGAAGGCCAAGCAGGAGAAGAGGGCCGCGUGCGCACAGAAGAAGCUUGGCAACGAGGCCGUCUCCCAGGACUCCUCCGGCAGCCCGGCCUUGAGCAGCAUAGAGCGGUUGGAUGGAGGAGGGGCAGUGCCUAAACUGCCCCCAGGUCUCCCAGAAAACCGCUUUGGUCUGGGAACACCAGAAAGGAGCACCAAAGCAGAGCCCAAAGUGGAGGUGGGCUCCAGGUCUCGGAGUUCGUCCAGCAACCCCACCAGCCCCAAGCCCCUCCUGCAGUCCCCCAAGCCCUCCCUGGCAGCACGGCCCAGCAUCCCGCAGAAACCAAGAACCGCCUCCCGGCCCGAGGAUGCCCCAGACUCUCCAUCUGGUCCCAGUUCCCCUAAAGUCGCCCUUCUUCCUCCUGCCUUGAAGAAAGUGCCCAUGGACAAGGACAGAGACGGCCAGAACAGCCCCCAGCCCAGCCCCCGCGUGUUUUCCCAGGAAGUUUCUAGGAGAAGCUGGGGCCAGCAGGCCCAGGAGUAUCAGGAGCAGAAGCAGCAGCGGCCCUCCAGUAAAGACGGCCCCCAGGGCAGCAAGUCAAGUGACUCGGGAGAGGAGGCCGAGAAAGAGUUUAUUUUUGUGUGAAGGUCCCCGGGCAGAGUGUCACUGUGCAGGUGCGUGUGGCCCUCAGAGAGGAGGGCGCCUCCUCUACUCUUGGUGCUCUCUUCUUUCUUCUUCCUCCUUUCGGAGCAUAACAACAGAUCCAUUCCUGGUCUCAAAGCACACUUCUGGUCUUCCCGCCCUUCGCACUGGAUUCUAAACCUUGCUUCACAAGCUUUCAGCAAAGGCCAGCAGUUAUUCCGUGGGCCCUCCUUGAACUUCUCUGAGGCAGCUACAAAUUGCCCUGCAAGAUGAGUCUUUGGAGGUCAAAGGCGUAGCUGGACACACACGCACAGGUGCUCCACCAGGAGACCGAGGGCACUGCCGACCGUGCCUGUCAGAUCUGCACAUGACUGGAUAGAGCGGUUUAUUCUUGAUGUAAGCAUUGCACAUUGUAAUUAUAUUAACAGAGCACACUAAUAAAUAAUUUGUAUAAAUUAUAUUUAUUAGAUCUUGGUAUGGUUUUUACAUUCUCCCAUGGGGAACUUCUUCCUUCCUGAAGUGGAAUUGUACAUUUAAAGGUUAGUUGGUGGCCUUCGGGUGCCAUCAACAAGCACAGCUGAGAACAGAGUGAGCUUGGUCCAUGUGGAUUCUUCCAUGUGCCCAGAUCAAUGUACAUAUUUGAUUGGAAUGAAGUUUUAUGAAUAUUCAUGUUUUGGAAGGCCUUUAAUUUCUGCUGCAUUUUAGGUUUUAAUGUGUGGUUUUAAGAGAGAAUACUUUGACACCUGUAAAAACAAAUCAGAAUACUACUCUUUUAUAAGACAUUUCACAAAUAUUCACUUGCAUUACAGGCUGAAAGUAUUUUAUUCAUAUGUAUAUUUAUACCAAUAAAAUGAUUUUACAAGCGGAA